GCUACUGCUGGUUAGUUGCUUUGGAGAUCUCAACCUGGACUGCAGCGUUAGACCUAACUCUCCCCUCGCAGCUUUCGGAGGCGACUAGUUUCCUUGCCACAUCAUAGUUCAUUCUGUUGCAACGCUGCGCACGUUCUGGCUCUGGGCGCCUCAGACCACGCCAUCAAUGAAUUCAGUGAUUGAAAAGACAAACAAAGUGGGACAUGUAUUUAAAAAGACCAACAAGGCUAACAGCGAGCUACUUAACCAAGCACCAACCACUGAUGAAAAGCGAACAAGCCCGACGUUCAGGAAACCGUUCCUGCUGUCCUCUUGCCGUAAUUAAGGAUGACCUGAGUGGUUCUCCCUUUGAGAUCUGCGUAAAUUAGCCAAGAAGAUCGAGGAGCACUGCCUGACGGAUCAAUGCACAAUCCCUGUGGGACUCACCAUCGCAGAACCAGGCUUAAUAAUUACACACAUCUCCGUGUCACAUGAGAGAUACGAAGCACGUUGGAACAAUCAACCUUCGAACUUAGCUUACAUUGGCCAAGACUUAUUAGCCAGACUUUAAGCUUCGAUGAGAUGGCACAACACGAUACCUGUAUAAAGUGUAGACUUGGUGAGCAGUGAGUGAAUUGAAGAGUUGUCGUUCAAGGAUAAUAUGACAUCCCCAGACAUUAGAUCUUGCCUCAGUUUAACACCAGGCGGAAAUUGAACUGAGAGGAAUCUUUUGAAGCGAUAAACCGCAUUGAUAUUAUUGAGGCAAACUUUCUCCCAACUCCGUUCUUUGUAUGAAUGAUACCUGACGCUUUUUUGAAACUCCUCUGUUUUUCCCGUGCCGGAUUUCUCUUUGUGAAAAUGGUCCGUGACGUUUGUUGAAAGUUUUUAUAAAUGUCGUAUGUAUAGAAACUGUUUGCCCCUCACAUCACGCCCAGUAUUCUGCUCUCUUUUCCUGAAGGAAGUGAAGGCAGGUGGCUUGGUGAAUUAAGCUUUGAUUCCGAUCGAUUGGGAUUUUCUUUUGGCGAUUUAAUUUCUCCGCUCUCCGUAUGAUUGUCCGUCCAAAUAGAUUAAUAGAAAUCGCCGACAUGGAGAUACCUCCUAAUCACACGCUUUACAACACCUCCGAUGACAGCACUCCUACUAUUGUCAUCAUUGAUUUCUUAAUCAAGCUUAUAGGAAUUAUUGGCAACAGCAGCGUAAUCCUCAUCAUCAUUGGCUUCAGAGAUAUGCGAAAUAUCCCCAAUCUGCAGAUUAUGAGCAUGGCCAUUGGUGAUUUAGUGUACCUCGUCAUUCAGGUUCCUAAUUCGAUUGCUUUCAACUUUGUCAAAGUGUGGACUUUUGGCGAAGCCUACUGCAGGAUUUUCCUUGCUUCAACUUCCAUCUCGCAAGGAAUUUCUGUACUGACUUUGGCCGCAUUGAGUGCCGAUCGAUACUAUGCCAUCGCUCGACCAAUGGCACGACGUAAGAUUAACGUAACGCAAUACACACUGAUAACUGUCGUCGUGAUUUGGUCGGUGUCCGUCUUAGCUGCAAUCCCUGCCUUUGUGGAAGCUAUAUAUCAUCCAUUUUGUCAAAUACCUCGUUACACCGUCAUUUACAAAGUGUUUAUCAUCUUACAGGCUGUGUGCCUCUAUGUCCUGCCUCUAACACUGAUUGCUUUGUUCUAUGCGCUUACAGCUCACACCUUGUGUCGCGGAGGGGAACGAAUCGGUCACAAAGUUCGUGACGGUAACGGAAGGCGCGACCCUCAUUUCAAAGCUCGCCGUCGUUUAGCCAUUAUCAUUUUAGUUGCUGUGGUUUGCUUUGCUGUGUGUUGGCUACCUCACCAUGUCUACACACUUUGGAGUGAAUUUGAAGUGCACAUGGAAGUCUUCAUUACACCAUUUAUGCUGGGCUUCAUGGACAUGACGUAUCUGAUGGUUUCUUUGUCAUCUUGUCUCAAUCCGCUGAUUUUAUACGUCAUGAGCUCCAAUUAUCGACGGCAUUUCAAGAGAAUGUUUCUGAGCUGGUGUAGAUGUUGUCGAGAUAAAAACCAGCCACUCGGUCACACCUGGACAUUGCUAACAGCCUUCAAGACAGCGGUCCCCAACUCACGGAGAAGUAGCAUGGAAUUUCAAAUGAAGCAGAGCUCCUCUACACUUGUCUCACAUAGCUAAACUCACAUCAACCCUUAAACUUGACUUGGGAGACAAUUCAUUACAAAGUCAUUAAAGUGAGCGAUAACCUAGCCACUCCGUUUGUUGUGUUCGCAUUAGUGGCACUAGAGGUAGAACAUUGGAUGACAGUUUUGGUCUCAAAGGUUGUGACUGUCUACAUUAAGAAUCCUUCGCAGACGACGUGGAAUGCUGAGCUCAGAAUGGCAGAUUUGCCGUUCAGUUCCGCUAAUUCGGUUUUUCAACAUAAAGUUGCUGUGUUGAAAUUUAAUGGCAGAGCUAACCUUUAUGGAAGAGUUAUUUAUUGCUCUCUGUUUUGUUCUUAUCUAUUCUUUUACUCAUCUUACUUCAAUCACAUACACGAUUAUAAUUUCUUUUUCCAUUCUAUUGUUAAACCAAACGAGAACAAAUGGUCGCAUAAAUUGCUUUAUUUAGUUGUGUAAAAAGGUGACGAGCGGUAACGAUGUUAGCAGAGAUGACGUCAUAGGUACGUCUGCCAAGACAGGCUCACACAUCAUUGGCGAUACACUGCUGGGUUCGAGUAGCUUCAGCCUCGUCCCCACAGUCUCGUUAUAUGGUACACAAAGGCAGCAUCCCUGGUCAGGGUUGCCCUGCAAAAGCUAUUCGAAUGUACCGAGUAGGCCUAUGAACAUGCAUAUACAUUAACAAAGAGAGAGGAAGCUUCAUCGUUUCAUGAAUCAAUUUCUGACAUUAUUUUUGUUCACUUUCUCAGCGAGACUUCAUAUUAAAGACGACUUUGCAUCUUUAAUCAACAGAAAAUUGUUUUGUCUAGUUGACUGCCACAUUAAUUUACAUUAUCCUCAUUAGAACGAGUGAAAUUGGUGCUAAUGUUUUUCAGAAAAGGUAGCCACUGAAUUUCGUUAAAGUUUCAAUUUAUUUUAAAAGACUUUUUAUUAAGGGUUUUAUUGUGUAUUUUACUUUGAAUAAUCCGUUUCCAUCUUGACUAUUCGUUAGAAUAACUCAAAUAAUAUUUAAAGUGAAGCAGUUUUUAUUUGAAAAAAGAGCCAAAUGACAUAAACUGCAAAAGUGUAUACGUGUACAUGUAUGGUAAUAUUCUUUAGAAGCAGUAUUACACAAGAGUAUAGUGGCAGUAUUGGUAUCAUUAUCAUAGUAAUACUAGUGCACCUAAUCUAGAAAUACUUUCACCAAUUAACUAUCUGUCCAGACAGUACUGUAGUUAUCAAUCCAGUUUAAUAUAGGAUAUAAAUUACUUCUGUUGUCAAUCAACUAUUUGUCGUAAUUUGAAUGUUAUCUUUAUGCACUUGUCACAUCACAAAACUUUAAGAAAGAUGUUUUGGCAAAGACCGGUAUCCUAUUUAUAAGCUAUCGCUCCUCGUGCUAUCUGUGUACUCAAUGAUGCAGAUAUGAACCUUCCCACAUUUCCAGAUUUUGUAGGAUCUGUAGGAAAAUUGUAAAAAUCGAUCGUUGCUCAGUAGUAAAGGUUUAUUAGCUGUUUUGAAAGUACUGUCAAAACAGCGCUUAUUUCCUUAUUAUUUGUUUUUUAAAAGCAAUCUUUCAGAAGUCAUGCCUUGAUUUAAACGUAUCAAGGAGAGAUGAGUAAGAUCACAUGGUGUCCUUCGAACUGUUUUCUUGAUUUGAUUUAUAAUAAUGAUGGGCUAUAGAGACCCAAAACCUGUGCGCAAGUUAUGUGGUGCGUAUAUUCAGCAAGUUUUUCGUGUUUGCAUUUCCUUAUAAUAAUUUAUGUGUAUACAAUAAGUGGUGUGUCAACAGCGUGAUGUGAAAGACUCAACAUUGAAACACCUGUAAACCUCGCCGUCGCGACAGAAUUGUGUUUACUGUGUACGAAGUAGAAUUGUAAUUUCACCAAAAUGUGGUUUGGGCAAUAAUACAUGUCCUACAAAAAGUUGGAUGAUUAUGCUAGAUAUCUGCCCACCAUUACGAAGCGACACGCUAGAGUGUUGCCAAUUAAAUGCGUCGUCUCAGAAAAUGCUGGACUGUUGUCUUUCAACCCAUUCGCUGUAAUUAAGCUAAUUUCAUGAUUAAAGUGUCUAUAUCAUAAUUUGUACAUAUGAAAAGAUAAUACUUUCUUGUAAAUAACACUUAAAGGUAGCAUAAAAGUGCCUAUUAUUUCCCCUUACUACUCGAUUUAUUAGUCUUUCCUGGGUCCUAAUGAUUAUUGGAGUCAUAAUCCUAAUCCUUUUAUAGAUAUAUGUCACACUCAUUGUACCCUCAGAUCACGCCUCUCCCGACCUCACCUAAGGAUGUUGUUGAAUAGUUUCAUUCCAAACAACUCUCAUGCUGCCGUAUAUGAGAAACGAGUUCCUAUGAUGUCACUUUAUAGAAUUCCGAGUUAAUUUAAUGGAUCAGUUCGGGCGCAUGAUCAGUAUACGCAUUCACAGCCCAUUUUAAGCCCUUACUGAUAUAGUCUAUCAGUGAAAGCCUCAUGACACGUCUUAACCCCCCCCCCUUUCUAAACCAAGGCCGAAUUUUUGUAUGAUAUACUUCGCAGAUUGCUGUAAAUUUAACAGCUCUUAAUAGAAAAUACUUUAGUACUACCUUCAACCUGUAAUAUUUCAUUUACUUUUAGGCUACAUUGAAUCCGUUUUCUUUUAUUUUAGCACACGGCGGUGGCUUUGUACUUAUCUUAUAUUAAUAUACUCUUUUCCUAUGUAUACAGGUGUGUAUUCUCUGUUAGACAUUGCAUUGUACAUAAAGAAAGGCUGUUAGCGUAGUAACAUUUACACAUUAUCAAUCAAUUAAUUGUAUUUUAGAAAAGGGACUAGUAUGAGCCUUAAACCAUUUUCUUAAUUUGGUUUCACAGGUUCUGCAAUAGAAACUUCGUCAUGUCGCACCUAACCUUUUCAAACGACACCCCCAACACUCAGCGAAGUUCAGCCAGGAUGUUUCGUAACUGAUAACAAACUGAACCCGUUGGGCAAAAUAUUUUUGUUUCAUGUUAUUAUCUAGGACGCUUAUUCGCUUUGCCUGAUAACCUUUCGCCGUCUCUCGCUUUUUAAGUUGCUUUCUGAUGAAGAAAUAAGAUCCCUGGCUAUUACCAGCGGAAGCGAUCCGGAUGAGGUAUCGGAACGAAGAUGCUUUAUCGCGCAAUCUGUUAAUGAUACCCCAGGAGUACACAGUUAGUCCAGAACCCUGCUCUAGAUUCAUACCAACUUCUGUUUUAUUUAAAUAAUAAAAUUCUUCUGUUUUUGACAAUAAUUUCACAUCAUCAGUUGAAAACAAUCGGGUAAUGCUAGUUCCAGCUAGGAAGAAGAAAAAAUGGGUUCUGCUUAGAGAAUUUCGUUGACAGUUUCUGUCAAAGAGCUCUUGAAUAUAAGCGUAAGAUGGAGGCUGGUAAGUUUUACCCUACUUUGCUAGUGCCAUUGGACAGUGCCUUGUGAAUUCCACAAAAUACACAUAAAGAGAUGUCUCUAUGGUUAAAUCUUGUACCAUUGCGUAUACUUCUUACAGGCACUUCUAUAUAACAUCGAAGUAACAUCUGAAUUGUAGAGGAUAUCAACAAGAAUUGCAUUUCACAAAUUCAUAAUCCUUUUGUUUUCUCCAUGCAUGGAACCAUUUCCAAAUCCAUUAAACUAAUGUUGUCAUAACCAAGUAAUGUCACGCAGAAAGAAAACAUGUACAUUAGAUUUAGAGCCAGUCAAAUUAAGGAAAGAUUGCGUGGAAUUUACAUGAAAAAACGUCUCUUUCCAGGACCACAAGCGAAAACGAAACUGUGAAAAUUCCUGUCUUUGUGUUCCUAUGUGCUAACAAAUCGAAUGUACUUUUGUCCGAUGAUUGCAACCGUGUUUGCUGACGGACUGUGACAUUUAGGCACGAACCGCGCAGUUGCAAUGGUGUUAUAGUUUGAAAUGAAUAAUUCAAAUCGAUACCUAUGACAUAUAACAAAAUUAGAUUACUGUUUUGCGGGGAUAUAAUAAAUUCCAUGUUAAUGCUGUCUAUUACACCUUGCCUUCAAUGCACUUGCCCAGCCUACUCAUAUCUAAAACACGUUACUUGCAGAGUACCGUAAAAUUUUGAUUAGGUUAACAUCUUACGUGUUAAAGUAGGUUGAAAAAUAAAAUAAAAUCAAAGAUGUGCGAU